UGCAUCGUAACCCCCGAAUUUAUUUAAUAUUCCUCAGUGCCCCCACACUUUUUUACAAAUUUUGAAUUACUGCACCUUCAGCUUCUCAGUGUUUUCGUACCUGGUACAGUGUUGAAGUUGGGAAUGGACGGCGAGGAGUUGACCGAGCAGGAGACUGCACUUUACGAUCGCCAAAUUAGGGUUUGGGGUGCUGAUGCUCAAAGAAGAUUGAGCAAAGCACAUAUACUAGUAUGUGGAAUGAAAGGGACUAUAGCAGAGUUUUGCAAGAAUAUUGUGCUGGCGGGUAUUGGAAGCUUGACUUUGGUGGAUGAUCGAGUAGUGACAGAAGAAGCGCUUUCAGCUAACUUUUUGAUACCUCUUGAUGAAAAUGUGUAUGCUGGGAAAACUCUAGCUGAGCUUUGUUGUGAUUCUCUGAAAGAUUUUAAUCCGAUGGUUCGAGUUUCUGUGGAAAAAGGUGACUUAUCAAGCUUCGGUGGAGAAUUUUAUAGUAAGUUUGAUGUUGUUGUGGUAUCCUGCUGUUCCUUCACUACUAAGAAACUGAUUAAUGAAAAGUGCAGAAAAUUAUCUAAGCGUAUAGCAUUUUACUCUGUUGAUUGUAGAGACUCUUGUGGUGAAAUUUUUGUUGACCUUCAACUUCAUACUUAUUCAAAGAAAAAACUUGAGGAAACUAUUGAAUGCCAACUACAAUAUUCCAGUUUUGAGGAAGCAAUUUCAGUACCUUGGAAAAUACUUCCCAGGAAAGUGUCAAAGCUGUACUUUGCUUUGAGAGUAAUAGAAAGAUUUGAGGAGGCUGAGGGACGCAAUCCUGGGGAAGUUUCAAUUGCAGAUCUUCCUAGCGUUCUGAAGUUGAAAAAGGAGCUCUGUGAUGAACACUCACUCAAUGAGUCUCAUAUUCCUGAUGCACUCCUAGAAAGAUUGGUGUCGAGUACAAGAGAAUUCCCUCCAGUUUGUGCCAUUCUUGGUGGAAUCCUUGGGCAGGAGGUCAUCAAAGGUAUAUCAGGCAAAGGAGAUCCCUUGAAGAAUUUCUUCUUCUUCGAUGCAAUGGACGGAAAGGGCUUAAUAGAGGACAUUUCAAACUCUGCUGGAAGCUGAGCAUCCAAACUGCCAUUUAGAAAAGUAGAAAAUUUUAUUAGUAUUCCAGGAGAAACUGACCCCUUUCCAUGUAUUUGACCAUAUUUUGUACUGAAGGUGGAGAAUAUUUGACAUUUUUUUUUUUUUGUUUUUUUGCUUUCUAUUCAAACUCUCACAGUAAUUGAGCAUGAUUUUAUUUGCCAAUGCGAUAUACAAUUACAACAUUUGACAUAUGAUUGAUAAUGGGUACACAAAUUUGGAUUUUUA